CGCGGCUAUAUAAGACAUGUCCACCGGCGCGCAGAACGCCAUCACACUCUCUGCAGGCGUCUUCAGAUAUCGACCUCGCCGCCGGAAAGUGUAGCAGUCUAAACAAGUGGUGAAAAUGACGAGACACACUUCUUAUCUGGUUGUUUUCCUCUUCGGAGCUGCCUUAGCCUAUCCCAAACUGAGGGUGAGCCGGCAGGCGGGCGCCGAGGAGCUCUUGGGGCUGCCCAGCAACGCCACGGCCAUCCGCGCGGACAUCGCCGACACGUUCAGCUGCGAGCAGAAGGUGUACGGCUACUACGCCGACGUGGACAACGCGUGCCAGCUGUUCCACGUGUGCCUGCCCGUGCGGCUGGCCGACGGCGUCGAGAGGACCUUCAAGUGGAGCUUCAUCUGCCCCGAGGAGACCGUCUUCAACCAGGAGAGCUUCACCUGCAGCCGGCCCGAGGACUCGGUGGCCUGCGAGGAGUCGCCGCAGUACUACGACCUCAACCUCAACUUCGGGCAGACCGCGGCGCCCUCCGUGGACGCCCCUGGCCUCACGGAGCCGCCGCAGACGCUCUGAGCGUCCCUCCUCCAGCGAGCCUGGCCCGAAACUCUCUUUAUUUAUUACUCGCCCCUCCCCAGCAACCCCAAACACGUCACCACGGCUUCACAAACAGGAGGCCUGCCAUCUGUCCGAAUGUCCACUUGUCCGAAUAACCACUUCUCCGAGCUCCUCUUGUUCGAACGGCCACUUGUCCGAGUGACAUUCGGACAAAUGGCAUACACCCUUCCCAACACAGCUUCUGUCUUUUUUUCCUUUUCUUUUAUUUUUUUCCUACAUGGCAUAGGACCAUGGAGGUAUGUAAGAUGUAAUGGUGUCCACAAUUCUUGAAGUCAAAAUUCUAAUAUUCACUGAACGUUGGCAUCUUUGCGAUUCUUCCCAGCAUUUCAACUAAUUUAUAGCAUGUAUUAGCCUUCACAGAGCUAAGGAUUUUAUUUUUGAUGUACGAUUGCCAACCAAUUGGCUUUCGACUUCAGAACAGACAACCGCUGCGUAUAACCUGGUUUUGGGCUAUCGUCGAAUUCGACACACUUUCUUGGAUAUCAUUGAAAAUUCACCCAGUUUCCAAACGAAGAUCUGUGUGUAGUUUUCAGGCAACUAAGAAUGGAAGCUAAUGACGUGUCCUGACUUCGGUGUACAGUGUCAACAGUCGCUGUAGACUUAUAUAUAUAUAUAUAUAUAUAUAUAUAUAUAUAUAUAUAUUGAAGGUGCUUUUGUUGUCACACCAAGAUUAUUUUGGUGAGUCCGUGUUCGGAAUGAGUAAACCCAGAACUUGUUAAUUUCACGCAACACUUACGUAGACUUAAGAAUAAAUCUUGGUUAUUUUUCUUAACCAGUGUUUAUAGUAAAAUUAACGUGACAAUUUUUGACAUAAAAGUUCCCGCGUCAAACAGUCUUUUAUCCCCGCCCCCUUUCCGUCAAUUCCAGAAUGAAGCCUGUUAGACUGUAAAAAGGUAUUCAUGCAUGCCUUACAAUGCCAAAAAAAAAUAUAAAAAAUAUUUAAAAAAUAAACAUUAAUAUAAAAUUUAAAAUUUUAACAUUGAGUGCACUAAUCUCAUUAUAAUCUUACCUUCGAAUCAUGCAUAAUAUAAGUAACAAAGCUUUGUAUGCAUUUUCUCUGUAGAGAGAUGGAAAUUAAUAGCCGAUUUAAACGAAUAAAAAAUUGUUCAACGCCAAGAAAAGUAUACACCGAACCGGCCAAGACUUCAACGGAAAGAAAGAAUGAGUUUAUAUUACAAUGAAUUAUUUUGUGUAAAGAUGCCAAGUAAAGAUAUACUCAAAAAUCUGUAAAUAUUGUGAAUGAUGUUCUGUGCUUUGUCGUUUAAAAAAAACUUAUAAAUAAAACAAAAAUUAUAUGUAAC